GAGCGGAGCGGAGCAAUGACCGAGGUGAAGGUGGCCGUGCUGGGCGGCAGCGGGGCCGGCAAGUCGGCGCUCGCCGUGCGGUUCCUGACACGGCGCUUCAUCGGAGAGUACGCGUCCAGCGCCGAAUGCAUCUACACUAAACACUUGUGCCUGGAUGGGAGGCAGAUACACCUGGAAAUUUAUGACCCUUGUUCACAGCCCCAGCAGGGGAAGCUCUCCCUCACAGAUGAGCUCCACUGGGCUGAUGGAUUUAUCAUUGUUUACGACAUCAGUGACCGAGCAUCCUUUGCCUUUGCAAAAGCACUGCUGUACAGGAUCCGAGAGUCUCACAUAGCAGUCUGCAAAAAAAUGGUGGAGUCAUCGAUAUUUUUGGUUGGCAAUAAGCAGGAUUUGUGCCACAUGAGGGAAGUUGGCUGGGAUGAAGGACAGAAGCUGGCAAUAGAUAACAAGUGCCAAUUCUGUGAACUGUCUGCAGCAGAGCAUUAUCAGGAAGUUGUGGCAAUGUUCACUAAAGUCCUGAGGAACAUCAUUUCCAAUUUCAAAGUGAAGGAAAAGAGACGACCAAGUGGUUCCACGGUCCAUGGCCAAGUUAAUCAACAACGUGUGUUUGGAAAGAGAAGGAAAUCUGUGUAAGGGAUGGUCAGGCUUGAGGCUGGAACAAGCUGAAAUAAUGGAGCAGAUUCACUGAAUUUCCUCCCAAGGUCAAUAUCCGGAGGAGUAAGAGUAGAAACCAAAGGUGGGAGAUAGUAUGGUCUAGAUGUAGAAGACCUGACCUUCUCUUUCAAGCUCUGUUACAGAUUUUCUGUUUAGGGCUGUGCCAUUUAAACUGUAAGCUGCUCCAGAGGAGAGGUUUAUUCUGCACUUAUUCAACACCAACAUGGUCUUGGUAGAGCUUCUAGGUGCAACUGAAGUAUAAACAGUUAUCUCACUGAUUUAUUUAUAUUGGAAAAGACCCUUAAGAUCAUCAGAUCCAGCCAUUAACCAAGCACUACCAAGUCUGCACUAAACCAUGUCCCUAAGUGCCAUAGAAUAUCCAGUAACUCAGCCUUGCUGAUCAAAAUAUUAAUUCAGAAUUCUGAGUAGUUUUUUUUUUUUGUUUGUUUGUUUGGGGUUUUUUUUGUGUGCAAGAACACUUUGCACUAAAGAAAAGCAAAAUACUGCGUCUUCAUGUGGUAAUGUAUUUGUAUUUAAGUCAGGUCCUUGUGUGCCUUACACUUGCUGAAAUUCAUAUGAAUUAAAUGAUUAGACACCAAAUCUACAGAAGGUAUUUACCUGCAAAGCUGUCUUGCAGAGGAACCAGAAGUAGGGAACAGAUACAUAAAGCAGAAUUGUCU